UUCUUAGCAUUCUGCUAAAAUCGAAGUUUGGUUUGAUUUCAUUUUCAAGUUAGGAACGACAUGUGACGGUUUAUAGUUACUUCAUGAUUUAUAGGCAGACGUUGUCUACAAAUGUAAUUAUUUCAUCGACAGUUUUGGUUUAGAUUAUUCUCCAAGAAUGUCUCGCUUGAUUGUGAAAAACCUUCCGAAUGGCAUAACUGAAAACAGGUUGAAGGAGAUUUUCAGCGAAAAAGGUAUCGUCACUGACGUUCAACUCAAGUAUACGAAGGAUGGAAAGUUUCGACGCUUUGGUUUUGUCGGACUCAAGACUGAGGAGCAGGCUCAGAACGCACUCGAAUACUUCAACAAUACCUGCAUCGAUACUACCAAAAUCAACAUUGAACAUUGCGCUGGACUAGGUGAUACGUCAAAACCGAAAGCAUGGAGUAAAUACGCUCCCGACAGUGUUGCAUAUGGAAUUAUUAAUGGCAAAAAAGACAGUGAUGACCAUUUGACAACUAAAUCAAAGGCCGUCGAGAAAAAGAAGAAAGAAUCGAAGAAGCAAACGAGCAAAGAGAUUAAAGAAGCUCUUGAAAAACACAAGGACGAUGCUCUCUUCACUGAGUUUAUGGAGACACAUGCAGUUACAGGAACAAAUGCCAUUUGGAGCAAUGAUACCACAGGAGGCACAGGAGUUAAUGACGACAGCAGCGAAAAUGAAAGCGAUGAGGAUGACACGCAAAAGGACGAUGACAACGUUGACUCUGGAAAUGAGAGCGAGGAUAAACAGAAAAAGGAGCAACGAGCUGCUGAUAAGAAAAUUUCGGAUCUGGAAUACAUGCAAAUUCUGAAGGCUAAAGCACAGGGUGAUAUUAAUCCUUCAGGACUCUCCAAUGACGCAAAAAACACCCACGGACCACUGAAGUUACUAACAGUGAAAGUUCGGGGUCUUGGAUACAGCCAUAAAAAGAAACAUAUAAAGCAGUUUUUCCAUCCCCUUGUUCCUAAAUCAAUACGACUGCCUCCAAAAAUUAAGGGCAUUGCCUAUGUUGGUUUCAAGACAGAAAAGCAACUGAAACAGGCAUUGAACAAAAAUAAAAGCUUUUUGGAUGGAAAACGACUGUUUGUUAUGAAGUAUGAGGCGAAGGACACAGUCGAGGAUAUAAAGUCAGCCAGAGAGAAGCCAGCAAAUUCAAGGUGGAAAGAACAGGAAGAAGCCCUCAAAAGCGAGGAGAGUAUAGCUGAAUCAGGGAGAAUGUUUGUCAGGAAUUUGGCCUACACCACGACCGAGACUGACAUACAAGCUUUGUUUGAAAAAUACGGACCGUUAUCCGAAGUAGAUCUACCCAUCGAUAAAACCACCAGGAAACCUAAAGGUUUUGGCGUUGUUGUGUUCAUGAUGCCUGAGCACGCAGUGAAAGCUUAUACGGAAUUGGAUGGUUCAAUUCUUAACGGAAGAAUGCUGCACAUACUUCCUGGGAAAGGAAAAGCAUCUCUUGACCAGCAGCUUGAAAACGACAAUUUGGACUUUAAAACAAAGAAAGAGCUGCAAAAAAAAGCUACAGCUGGCUCUGUGCACAAUUGGAACACACUGUUCCUUGGUCAAAAUGCAGUUGCUGAAGCCAUCGCUGCAGCGUAUAAUACUACAAAAGAGAAGGUCUUGGAUGAUGGUGGAAAAAGUUCCAGCGUCGCAGUAAGACUAGCUUUGGGUGAAACUCAGCUUGUCGAAGACACGAGAAAAUUCUUAGAGGAGAGCGGCGUUCACGUGGACGCAUUCAAUCAGCCGCCGGAAAAAAGAUCUAAAACUGUAAUACUAGUAAAAAAUUUACCUGCCCAAACCGACGUCAGGGAGAUCAGAGAAAUGUUUGUCAGACAUGGGGAAUUAGGAAGAGUAAUUAUGCCGCCCUCUGGAGUUACCGCUUUGGUCGAAUUCCUAGAGCCUUCGGAAGCUCGUAUAGCAUUUACAAAAUUGGCUUACACAAAGUUCAAGUACCUUCCUUUGUACCUCGAAUGGGCUCCCGAUAACAGCUUUAAAUCACCUGUAAGCAGUUCCAAGCAGCCAGAAGCCGCUUCUCGUAACACGGAACCAAAAUCUUCGAAUUUAUCCAAAGAGGAUAAACCAGAGAGUAAACAGACGACUGUUCCCGUUAAGGAAUCAAGCAGCGAAGAUGACGAGGAAGCAGAACCAGAUACUACGCUUUUCGUAAAAAAUCUCAACUUCUCAACCACAGAGGAAAUGCUGAGAGAGCAUUUCCGAAAGUGCGGUCGCCUCGAUUACGUGAAUAUUGCAAUGAAAAAGGAUCCGAAUAAUCCAGGGGGAAAACUGUCGAUGGGAUAUGGUUUUGUCAGAUACAAACGCAAAGCGGAUGCCGAACAGGCUCUUAAAAAUCUUCAGAUGACUUCGGUAGAUGGAAAAACUCUUGAACUAAAAAGAUCAGAACGAGCGUUGCAAUCUGACGCUCAGACUACGAGGAAGGUUUCAAAGGUCGGUGAACAAACAGGAACCAAAAUCUUAGUUAGGAACAUUCCAUUCCAAGCGAAUGCCAGCGAAGUUCAAGAAUUAUUCAAAGCGUUCGGAGAGAUAAAAGCGUUACGUUUGCCAAAAAAAAUGUCGACUUCCGAAUCUCACCGAGGUUUUGCAUUCGUUGAUUACUAUACGAAAAGUGACGCUAAGAAAGCUUUCAAGGCAUUGUGUCAGAGCACUCACUUGUACGGACGUCGAUUAGUCUUGGAAUGGGCACAGACCGAGGAGGGUGUAGACGAGAUCAGAAAACGAACUGCGAAACAUUUUCACCAAGAUGGAGCAGUUUCUAGAAGUAAAAAGGUUGUUCUGGAUCCUGAAGCGGUGGGUCUAGACGCAGAAUGAUAUUCUGGGUUGUAAAUCUAGAUUUUUGACAUAUUGAAUUCAUACUAGAUAUAAUUGUAUAAUAUCGCGUGUCUUUGAAGACACUUGACCAUGUACAUAUUCCGACUGUCCAACAAUUUUCAAAUAGUUUAGGACAACUUACAAUUAAGUAAAUCGCUAACUACGGAUUUUGUAAGACGGGUUGCUCGUGGCAAAGCGUAUUACGCUAUCAUCCUUUUCAUUUUCUGUGGGCGUUUACAACUCGCGUGUCGCUACUCGUCACGGAUAUAAAUGAAAAACAGUCAAUCACGCUCCCGUAUAAUUCGGUGUGUAAAGAACUUCCGUCAUUAUUGGUGUAAAGGUUGAUUAUUAUGAAUAAACCUUGAAUUGAA